CAUUCUCAACUCAUUACCAAAAUUAAUUGGCCUUCCCAUUUCAGCUUAUUUUACAGUCCAAAUGGCCCACUCCUCCGCCAACGACGGCGAGAAGCACAGGGAAUUCGACCGUGACGUUAGAGAAAUGGUCUCCUCCCUCACGACUCGCCUAGGUUUGAUUCGGAAAGGAGCAUCAGGAGGCGGUUCAGGCCACCACCAUGAAGUGGUGGAUGAUCAAGGCUCAAGCGUCAUCACACUGGCCGGAACCAACACCGGCGCCACCAUGCGCGCGGAGUUGAACGGCAAGACGACCAAGCUGGAGGGGGCGGCGGGGGACGAGAACGAGGCCCUCACCUCCUACAUCAACAGCAACUUUCAGGCCAUAAACAACUCCAUCAUGUUCGGCGGCAGCUACUCCGGCAACGACCCGGGGGUUCACAUGGACAUCUCUGAUCUCCAUGAAGAAGGCCAUAAGGGCGACAAAGGUGGGGCUAAGGCCAAGAAGGUGGCCAAGGAGAAUGCUGAUCAGCCCGGCGGCUCCUGGUUUUCAAAGGAAUAAUUUUUUGGCGUUGCAUGCCAAGUCUUUUAUCCAGUUGAAUAUCAUAUUAUAUACAUAUAUAUAUAUUUACUAAAGAAGAGAUUUCCAUUGUGAGUUUUUCAAUUCUCAAAGCUUAAUAAAACGGAGUUGAAUUCCUUCUCUCA